CUUUUAAAUCCAAAUGUGAGGAAGAAAGAAAGAAAGAGAGAGAGCAGGUAAUUAGUGAGAUGAAGGGUACAAUGGUAAUUUCGUACACCGAAAACUCGAUGAACCUCCAGGGGUAAUUAUGAAAGCUGGCAUGUAUUAUUUCAAUCAUUUGAGUACAUUCUUUUCUGUUCUCUUUCUUCUCUCACCCCUCCAACCUGUCCCUGCCUGCGGUACUCACAAUACAAACACGUACAGUUCGCCAGUGAUACCUACAAUGCAGACGAGGACUGUCCAGGUAAAGCAGGUUUCAGAUCUAGCGACCGAGAGGGAGAUUUACGAGUUCUUCUCGUUCACCGGUGACAUAGAACACAUUGAGAUCACACGUGAACCUGGGCAAUCAAAGACUGCAUUUGUUACAUUCAGAGAUCCAAAAGCUCUUGAAAUCGCAUUAUUAUUAUCGGGUGCAACAAUAGUUGACCAGAUUGUGAGCAUAACCCCAGCUGAAAAUUAUAUACCGAAACAUGAUAUGCAGGCAGUAGGAGCAGUGGACAAUGCUGUGUCAGUAACUGCAGCUGAAAAUAUUCCCACAAAUAUUGAGCAGGCUAAAACUAGUCCAGCUGGCAGUGGAAGGAUAUAUGUAAAUAGAGCACAAGAUGUGGUUGCAAGUAUGUUGGCAAAAGGUUCUGCUCUAGGACAAGAUGCAAUGAAUAAAGCUAAAGCAUUUGAUGAGAAACAUAGAUUGACAGCCAGUGCAUCUGCAAAAGUAAUUUCUUUUGACAAAAGAGUUGGGCUUACAGAGAAAUUGACCGUGGGUAUCUCAGUGGUUAAUGAGAAAGUGAAGUCUGUUGAUCAAAGGCUGCAUGUAUCUGACAAGACAAUGGCAGCAAUUUUUGCAGCAGAGAGAAAAAUAAAUGACACAGGAUCAGCUGUCAAAUCAAGCAGGUAUGUAACCGCCGGAGCAGCUUGGCUAAAUGGUGCUUUUAGUAAGGUCGCGAAGGCUGGGCAGGUUGCCAGUUCAAAAACAAAAGAAAAGUUAAACCUAGCCAUGUCAAACUUGACUGCCAAGGAUCCAAUUGCUGUGUGAGUCAAAACAUUAGGGUCCUAAGGUUGCAUAUUUUAUCCUCUGGCUCUGGUCAUCUGAAGAUGGGGUCUAAAACUUGUCAAGGCAUGCUUGCCGUAGUAUGCACAGAAUCCUUCUGGUUUGGCUUGAUGUGUGCAGUAAUGCAGUCCAGUAUUUUUCCUUAGUUUUCAAUAUUCUUUGAUUUCCCUAGGGUUUCCUCGUAAUUUUGAAGUGUUGAGUCUUUACAUUGCUUUCCAGCAAGACAAUUUUCUGUAGAACUUCAAUUGAUAUGAUAUGGGAGUCCAAUCAUUUUUCACUUAU